AUGGGUAAUUUGCGUGCCGAAGUCCAACGUCCGGGUGUUCGCAAAGGAGCAUGGAGUGAAGAAGAGGACAGGCUUCUGAGGAAGUGCAUUGAGAAAUAUGGAGAAGGGAAGUGGCGCCAUGUUCCACAAAUGGCAGGCCUCAGAAGGUGCCGAAAGCGCUGCCGACUGCGUUGGUUGAACUAUCUCCGCCGUAGGAUCAACAGGGCGACAUUUGCCGAGGAAGAAACAGAUCUUAUCGUUAAGCUUCAUAAGCUCUUGGGCAACAGGUGGUCGUUAAUUGUGGGGAGGCUUCCAGGCAGGACAGCAAAUGACAUCAAGAACUACUGGAACACUCACCUGGGCAAGAAGGUAGAAGUUGAAAAUAAGAAGGCGCAGCCCCGUGCUGAUGCCCGAGUAAUUAAGCCACGACCAUGGAGAGUACCAUUGCAGUGGAUUUGGUCAAGGGAUCAGCAAUCAUUUGGAAGCCAGCACCAGCAAAAAGAGCUUGGCAUACCAGAACUACCGACAACCUUAGGAAAUGAUGAAGCUUGGCUGAAUAGUAUAAUUAAUGGAGAUGGAGAAAACAGUGCAAUGCCAGACAUUGGAAAUGUGAACACAAUGAACCUGCAGAAUGGAUUUGGAAUAGGAGAGCUUGAGGAAAAUAGAGAUGGCGCACUAUUCAUGGAAGGAGAAGCAUGCCUCCUCACUCGAAAGGUAGAGGUCUCACCUUAUGUCCGUGUAAAUUGUCGUGAAGCUCUUAAAAGAACUGGUAUUGGUUUACUUAAGAUCAAGAAGAAGGCUUGA